CACAAAGGAAACUCUCCUCAGAUCCAGUUACACAUGUUCAACGCCUCAGUGAAAGAGAAGAACCGCUGGAAUGAAGUGAUUCAGACAGAGCGGCGUCUGGACACGUUCACGAGGGGCGUCCCUGGAAAGAGCAGCGCAACUGAGUGUGUACAUGUGUGUACACACACACACGCACAUAUAAAGAGAAGUUGAGUCACUGGCCUCUGAACACCUGCUGGACUGUGAUUGGACGAGAGAGAGAGAGAGAGAGAGAGAGAGAGAGAGAGAGAGAGAUAUGCAGCACACAGCUCUCUUAGCCUCAGUGUCUCACUGCAGAUCUGUCUGUGUCUCUCUCUCUCUCUCUCUCCCCCUCUCUCUCUCUACCUCUCUCUCUCUCUGUGUCUCUCUCUCUCUGUGUCUCUCUCUCUCUCUCUCUCAUUGCUUUUACACAGGAGACUUUGUUUUGACUGCAGGACACUGAGUCCCACCUGCAGGACACUGAGUCCCACCUGUUGGACACUGAGUCCCACCUGCUGGACACUGAGUCCCACCUGCAGGACACUGAGUCCCACCAGUUGGACACUGAGUCCCACCUGUUGGACACUGAGUCCCACCUGCUGGACACUGAGUCCCACCAGUUGGACACUGAGUCCCACCUGCUGGACACUGAGUCCCACCAGUUGGACACUGAGUCCCACCUGUUGGACCCUGAGCCUCUGAUGGUGUUUCUGUGUUGACGCAGCUUGGAUGAAGGAAAUCUGAGAGAGAGGUGAAAGUGUGAGGAAGAGGAAGAAGAGGAGGAAGAGGAGCAUUUGACAGCUGGACAUGGAUAUUACUCAGUGUGAAGUGUGUGUAUCGGAUUAUUCAGCAGCAGUUUCACACCUGAACCUCUGAAGUUUCCACCAUGUUGUCACUGAGCAAACAACUUGAAGAAGGACUUGUUGAAGCUUUCAGGACGAGAGGAGGAUUUCAUCCCAGAUAAGAAACAAACGAGUGACUCUUUAAUAUGAGGAAACUGACUCGACUUCAGGCCGUGACCUUUGUCCUGCUGCUGGUCGUCCGUCUCUCGUCCCCACAGAGCUGGUCCUGGCUGUCUGCGGGGGGGCCGUCCGGCGAGGCCUCGUCGGGGGGGUCAACACGAGCUCGACGGCAGCUGAGCAGCGAGUGGGCGGCGUGGAGCGGCUGGUCGGCCUGCUCCCGCAGCUGUGGGGGCGGAGCCUCUGUGAGGACACGCACCUGCAUCACCAGGAACCCAGUAGGUGGACCAUGUGCAGGAGAACCCAGACAAUACAAGAUCUGCAACACGAAGGAGUGUGCUUCUGGCUCGGAGGAUUUCAGAGAGAUGCAGUGCGCUGCCUUCAACGAUCGACCCUUAGUGUCUGGAAACACCUUCAGGUGGACGACGUUUCACGGAGGCUCUGACCCCUGUGAACUGAGCUGCUUGGCCCUGGGUCACAAGUUCUACUACAACUUCGGACGGGUUCUGGAUGGGACGUCCUGCAGCUCGGAGCCUGGAGAGCUGUGUGUGAACGGACGCUGCCUGAAACCUGGAUGUGACUCCAUCUUAGGCUCCAAGCAGCAGGAGGACGCCUGCAUGGUGUGUGGAGGACAAAACACCACCUGCCUGCACCACAAGAGUGUGUAUCAGAGCCAAGGUCUGGAGGCAGGCGGACCCUUCGGAUACAACGAGGUGGCCAUGAUACCGGCUGGAGCCACUCACAUCCGAGUCACUGAUGACAGCAGGAACUAUCUGGCCCUUCAGAAUGGUCGCUCCCAAUUUGUUAUCAAUGGUAACUGGAAGAUCAGUGUUCCAGGUGAGUACACUGUAGCUGGGACCAAGCUGCUGUACCGACGCUCUGCAGACACCUGGGAGAGCUUCGAGGUGCCAGGACCGACCCAGGAAGACCUUCAUCUGAUGGUGCUGGCAACAGACAGAAACUCAGGCAUCGAGUACGAGUACUGGCUCCCAUCAGACCAGUACGCCCUUUACCAUGGGAGGAGGAGUCCACUGCAUCAGCCUCACCACACUGCCAGCUACUGGGAUCAACCCACCAGCCCCCGGCCUCCUCCAGUCACCACCAAACCACACUGGUUUUUCAAGCCGGAGAAAACGCCACGCCAGUCAGGCCCCCCAACCCGCCGCCAGCAGCUCCACCAGCGCCCCCACCUGGCCGUCCUGCCGCGCCUGGAGCGGGAGGAGAACCACAGGAACCUCCUGCCUCAGGCCUCCGCUGGAAGACAUUGUGGGAAAUGUCCUCGUGUUAAAGGUCGAAGGGAACGACAGAGACAGUAUUGUCAGAAGGACUUUGUUUUCCGGGCCAGAGUCCUGGGGAAGUUGUACCGAGGCGAGGAAACGCGUUACGACGUCCAAAUCCUCCACACCUACCGGAACCGCUUCCGUCUGGAGCACCGGGAAUUCCUCUGGGUCCCCAACGUGUGUGACUGUCCACACCUGGAGGACGGAAGACAGUACAUACUCAUGGUGCGUCGUCACAUUAACCACGAGCAGACGUUAAACCGCAUCCUGCUGGAGGACAGCAGCUACGUGGUGGCGUACAGACCCAGAGAGGACGAGCUGCUGCGACCGCUCGAGAGACUCUGCAGCAACAGAGGAGCCAAGCACCCGGCGGAGCUGAGGGGUUGAGUCCGGAACCUGAAUCUCUCUCCACCUUCUCCACCUUCUCCACAGGAUCAGCUCCGUCCUCCAAUCUCCGUUGAAGCCAUAUUAAUGAACCAAAAAGUUAUUUACCAUAUUCAGCACUUUAGGUGGACGAUAGUUCACCUUUCAACACAAACCAAAGAGGAGGACCUUGACUGAAACAACCUUUUUGUUAUUGCUGAUUUCCCACAGCAGCCAUUUAUUUUUGUAUAUCGUGUUUUUAUGUGGAAACCUAAAAGUAAAACUUUACCUCAAAACACUGGAAACAGCUUCACAGUCGACAUCUGCCUCUUCUCAUUCAUCAGCAGAUGUUUCCAGCUGCUCAGUGGAGUUUGUGCAAAUGUUUAAAUGUUAUCAACAUUUAACGUUUUAUUGACACUGAGGCUGCAUCCAUAGAAACGUGUUUCCAAACCGUCUCCGUCCACACAACAUGAAAACACAACUCACAGGACCAGCGACCUGCACUGGGCGUGCACUGGAAGCUGUGGUUUGUUAGGUGCAGAGAGAACGAGGCUAAAAACAUCUGGACUCCUCCACAUCUGAACAUCUGGAUUAACAUCUGGACUCCUCCACAUGUGAACAUCUGGAUUAACAGCUGAACUCCUCCACAUGUGAACAUCUGGAUUAACAUCUGAACUCCUCCACAUGUGAACAUCUGGAUUAACAUCUGAACUCCUCCACAUGUGAACAUCUGGAUUAACAGCUGAACUCCUCCACAUGUGAACAUCUGGAUUAACAUCUGAACUCCUCCACAUGUGAAAAUCUGGAUUAACAUCUGAACUCCUCCACAUGUGAACAUCUGGAUUAACAUCUGGACUGCUCCACAAUUGAACAUCUGGAUUAUCAUCUGUACUGCUCCACAUUUGAACAUCUGGAUAAACAGCUGAACUCCUCCACAUGUGAACAUCUGGAUUAACAUCUGGACUCCUCCACAAUUGAACAUCUGGAUUAUCAUCUGUACUGCUCCACAUUUGAACAUCUGGAUUAACAUCUGGACUCCUCCACAAUUGAACAUCUGGAUUGACAUCUGAACUCCUCCGCAUGUCAACAUCUGGAUUAAAAUCUGAACUCCUCCACAUGUGAACAUCUGGAUUAACAUCUGAACUCCUCCACCUGUGAAAAUCUGGAUUAACAUCUGAACUCCUCCACAUCUGAACAUCUGGAUUAACAUCUGAACUCCUCCACCUGUGAACAUCUGGAUUAACAUCUGAACUCCUCCACCUGUGAACAUCUGGAUUAUCAUCUGUACUGCUCCACAAUUGAACAUCUGGAUUAUCAUCUGUACUGCUCCACAUGUGAACAUCUGGAUUAACAUCUGGACUCCUCCACAAUUGAACAUCUGGAUUGACAUCUGAACUCCUCCGCAUGUCAACAUCUUGAUUAAAAUCUGAACUCCUCCACAUGUGAACAUCUGGAUUAACAUCUGAACUCCUCCACCUGUGAAAAUCUGGAUUAUCAUCUGAACUCCUCCACCUGUGAAAAUCUGGAUUAACAUCUGAACUCCUCCACCUGUGAACAUCUGGAUUAACAUCUGAACUCCUCCGCAUGUCAACAUCUGGAUUAACAUCUGAACUCCUCCACAUCUGAACAUCUGGAUUAACAUCUGAACUCCUCCACCUGUGAACAUCUGGAUUAAAAUCUGAAUUUCUCCACCGGUGAACAUCUGGAUUAACAUAGCAAUAUGAAAAGAACCAAUCAGCCAAACGUUCGUCAUCGUUUCCUAAAAUCUCAGUUUCUGUUCGUCCAGAGUAAAACUGUCUGUCUUCAAACUGACACCAGACCAGUAGCGUCCACUCGUCUCUUUCCAGACUCGUGUGGACGUCAGAAGAAUCUGUAGCAGAGAUGAUCAGUUUGAAUGAAAACGUAGUUUUGUGAAUGGAGCUUCAAACCUGAAGCAUGAGAUCGAGCUGCCAAAAAAAUAAAUGAUAAAUGUGGAUGAGAAUAUAAUUUAAUUAAAAAAACUUCCAAAACAGUCACAAAAUACCGAACUUCACAGAUGUUCAGGUUCUGAAGGUGAAUUGUUUUCUUUAAGUUCACUCAAGAUAUUUAAACACAUGACUUCAUACUCUAUUUUAAUAUAAAAACAUAAACUUAAACUUAUUUGUUUUCACUUGUUUAAUGUAUUUCACAGUGUUUGAUAUUUGUAAAGUGUGGUUACAUCAGGUCUGCUUUGUGAUGAAAUACACAGUAUUUUAUUUUGUGGCACUGAUACUUGCAGACGGUUCAUAGUUAACUCUUGUGCCUUUUGUUGUGUAACUGAAAAAAGCUCAUUUACCUGGGCCAAAACAACUUCUUUGUACAUUUGUCUAUGUAAAGUAAGAAUUAAAAUAUAAAAUUAUGAUAUAUGUCGAACCAUCUCAACUUUAUUUAAAGUAAAUCUGGUUUUAAGGUUUCUUUAGAACACAAAUGAAAAAAAAUACACCAGAACCAGCGUUUGUAAGAAAACAUUGUAUUUACAACAAGUCUUUACAUCUACAAAAAAGGAAAAACUGCUACAGAUAAUAAAACUGCAUAUAUAUAUAUGUAUACAUAUAUACAUCUCUUCCUAUCUCUAUAUAUAUUUGACUUAUUAUCCCAGGUUUGAACCUCAACAUGAACUCUGGACGGUGGGGAAGAGGUGGCUCUGGUUUAGAUUCACCUCAGCGUCUCAUACACAUUUUAUCUGAAGGCAUGAGACAGAAAACUUCCAUCUCCUCUGGAGUUCAGACUGGUUUUCGUUUCAAAUCCAGUAACAAAUGCAAAAUAAAAGUAUGUAAACAUUGACAAUUGACUCUACACAAUAUUAACAGAUUCAGAAGAAAAUGAUGUUAUGUAAAACAACAUUAAAAUGCAAACUAACUUUUGUCCCAAUUAAAUAACAUUGAAAGGAACAUUGUGUCAGUUUAGCUGCCUCGCUCGUUCAGACCCUGUCACUGAGGAAUCCUGAAGAGAAUCUGUGGAUCCUGAGAUCUUUAACACUUCAAGGUUCAUUUUAACACGUGAACAAAUCUCUCUAUUAGUUUGGAUCUGGAAUUAAGAACCGGUCCUGAAGCUCAUUCACGACUUCACAGAGCUGAAUAAAAAGGAUGUUAAGUUAUUCUCUGUAAUUACACUGUGUCGUGAUACUGGAUGGAAGCUGAGAUUCCAGAAUGGAAUGUAAAAUAACACUUGUUAAGUAUUAAUGAUUUUUUUGUUAUUUAAACAAAAAAUAGUUUUUAAUAAACUGUUUUCAAGUACUCAUGUACUCUGGAAAGUGUCAAGAAA